AAGAAAAGAUCCACCAGACAAAAAAAAAGAAAAAGCAUAGAAAAUAACUUAAAGAAGUAGUCUCUAACCCUAACUCUCGAUUACCAUUUACAUCUCUCUCAACGUUCAUCCAUUCCAUUUUUAUACCUUAAAAUUGACCAAUUCAGAUUUCUAGCAUCAAAUUUCCUCUUCCGGAUUUCAAAUUUGAGGAACAAACAAGAAUAUUGAGAGAAAUAAGUUGAACAAUUGCGUGCAAAAAUUUCUUUUUUCGACGACACCAAAAUCUUGGAUCUUCCAGAAAUUUAAAGUGUACACAAUCUCAUAUGUGUAAUGGGUGUUUUGAUCCUGUCAACUGGUAGAAACUGUAUCUAGUGAGUGAAAUGAAUUCAACUGUUUCGACAUCUCAAGGGUUUGUUCCAUCAUCGAGGCUUGGUGCCUAUGAAUUUACGAAUCCGGGAACAUCGGAUUCUCUUGGCCGUGGCGAGGCUCAGGACAAUGAUGCUGGUGAUGCGGAACUGUUGAGUGUGUCCUGGAAUCAGGAUUAUACUUGUUUUGCCGCGGGUACUAGUCGUGGUUUCCGGAUUUAUAAUUGUGAUCCAUUUAAGGAAACGUUCAGGCGAGAUCUGAAGAAUGGAGGGUUUGGGAUUGUUGAGAUGCUCUUCCGGUGUAACAUUUUGGCAUUGGUUGGUGGUGGGAUCGAUUCGCAAUACUCUCCGAAUAAAGUUAUGAUCUGGGAUGAUCAUCAAAGCCGGUGCAUUGGUGAGUUUUCUUUCAGGUCGGAGGUACGUGCAGUGAGGUUGAGAAGGGACCGUAUUGUUGUUGUCUUGGAGCACAAGGUUUAUGUUUAUAACUUUGUGGAUCUGAAACUGCUCCAUCAGAUUGAGACAUUGUCAAAUCCUAGGGGGCUGUGUUGUCUAUCGCAUCAUGCAAAUACAUUUGUUCUAGCUUGUCCUGGUCGUCGCAGAGGGCAGAUUAGGGUUGAGCAUUUUGGACUUCAUGUGACAAAGAUCAUAAAUGCCCAUGAAUCUCGCCUGGCAUGCUUCUCAUUGACAUUGGAUGGACUGAUUCUUGCAACAGCUAGUACAAAGGGAACCCUUAUAAGAGUUUUCAAUACAAUGGAUGGUACUUGUUUGCAAGAGGUUCGUCGAGGGACUGAAAAAGCUGAUAUAUAUGGUAUCGCCUUUUCUCAAAAUGUUCAAUGGCUAGCCGUUUCAAGUGAUAGGGGUACUAUCCAUAUAUUCAGUCUAAGAGUUCGAGUGGUUGGGGAAGAUGAAUCAGCUCGACCUAGUUCUACUCCAGGGUUGCUGCAUCAGAAUUCUUCAACUUCUCUUGAGCCCCUCGUUGCUCAGAAUGCCGGUGCUAAUCCUAGUUUAUCACUACCUUUUGUGAAAGGAGUACUACCAAAAUAUUUUAGUUCAGAAUGGUCAUUUGCACGUUUUCACUUGCCAGAGACUACCCGAUGCAUUGUUGCAUUUGGAUCCCAAAACACUAUUGUUGUGGUUGGCUUGGAUGGAAGCUUUUAUAGGUGCAGUUUUGAUCCUAACAACGGUGGCGACAUGUCGCAGUUGGAAUAUGUUAGCUUUCUCAAAACUAAUGGUAGCCCAAGGUAGUCUACAUAAGCAAGAACAAGGUGGACGCCCAAUGCCAUUUCCUUUUCUCAGGUGUUUAUGAUUAGUUGUCAUUUGUAGAUAUUGCUAAAAAUAUUGUUUGAUGUUCAAAGUUGGAACUUGAAGCUCUUAACUAAUGGUGUAAAUAUGUCUGUUCUGUCACAUUUCAUUAUUUGAUUAAAGCUCAGCUCAUAUGUAAUUGUAGAGAGGUGCUGAUUUCUGCAACUUGUGAAUAACACCAUAACUGCAUUCGAACCCACGAAUUGGAUUUGUUCUUUCUGGCAAAUAUGAACAUCAUAACUUUGCUUGAUGAA